AUGCCGGCCCAACCAUCGAACUUCAAGCGAUUCGUCGAGGUCGGCCGAGCAUCCGCGACGCCAGUCGUCCUCCUCAAGUCCGGCCCUCAGGAGGGUCAAAUCGCCGUGAUUGCAGAGAUCAUAGAUCACACCCGAGCAUGCUGCUAUUGUCAGGCAAUCAUCGACGGGCCCACGACAGGCGUUCCCCGUCAGGCGUUCUCCUACCGCCACUUGACUCUCACCCCGUUCGUUCUAACCUCUCUCCCUCGCGGUGCCGGUACCGGCGCCAUUCGAAAGCAACUCGAGAAGGAAGGGACGGUCGAGAAGUGGCAGAAGUCGAGUUGGGCGCAGAAGCGGGAGGCGAUCGCGAAGCGGAGGUCGCUCAGCGACUUCGAACGUUUCGUAGUCUUAAUCGCGAAGAAGGCACGGAGAGAUCGGGUCCGCAAGUCCUUGGCGAAGGCAUCUGCAUGA